CUCGAAAAGGAAAAACCGGAGCAAUCAAUGCACGCCGCGGCGCCGUCGUGCAAAGCGGCGCGGCCGCUCGGUGCCCCGUCGUGGUUAGCCUAGCGUGCAGGGAAAACAACGCCCUUUCCCGAUAAAUUCAUCCGUCUCGCGCCGUGGGUACGGCGAACACGGCUAGACAGACGCAGCGCUGAGGUGAGUGGGGGCAAAGUCCGGCCGCUUACGUUAACUACAUGUCGUCGUCUGCAAGAGCGUGCCAUCCGCAACGCGAGGUCAACGAAGACGCGGUCAUCGUGACGCCAGGUGCGAAGUUGUCGCCUGCGAACGAAACGACACAUCUCCCAAUAGUGCUUUCCCGCGCUGCGGAGCGCGGCGUGGUCUACAUGUGAAAAAAAAAGAAUCGGGAAGCGACCAUCGUGUCGACGUUGUGUGCAUAGUUGGUGUACCGGUUGCCCGGCGACGAAACAUGGUGCUGCGAAAGUCCGAGUACCGCAACAACUUCAGGUGGUUCUCGGCCGACAAGCGCAACGCCCUGUGGCUCGAGAACGCGCUGUACCGCGCAGAGAGGCGCCAGCGCGAGUACGUCCACGAACCGCUGGGCGACGAACAGGACAGCGGCUACGAGCUGGGAGACUCCGAGUCCGAAGAAUGCGGCUUACCGCCCACCAAGCUCAGGCAGCGUCGGUUGCAGCUCAUCGCGGAGGCUUCUUCCGCGGCCAAGAAGCGCGCCGAGGAGGAUGCCCUUCUCGCCCGUCAGCGAAAAUCCACGCCGCCGCGUCGCAGGCCGGCAGAAGAAGUCGACGCAGCUUUAAUCCUCGCAUCGCCCGACAGGCACAUGGCCACACAGACUGCGUGGCCUGCCAAGAAAGACGUCGCAGUGCAGACGGUGCUGGCCGACAUCGUGAAGAUGCCCCGUAUCGCCCAGGACCACAAAAGACGAACCCGUAGCAGAUACCGCGGCUCUCCCAGGAAGGAGCUGGAACCGUGCCAACGCUGCUUCGCUCUGUGGGGUGCUCCCUUCGAGAACUAUGGCUGGGCUGACGAGGUCGAAACGAUAGGGACCAAGCAGACGUUCAAUGUGGCUGCCUCACCAAUGAGAUAUAUCCCUCGGCUCUCGCUGCCGCGAGAACACGGCAACAGUCGCCGACCCCACCACCGCCGAUGCAGCGCAAGACCCAUCGUCUGGGGCGUCCGCACUCGGCGCCACCCAAGGACCGGCGCAUCUGGAUCUCAGAGUACAGGGAACAGUACCGAUGAGGCCGCUUUCUUCGGCGGCCUUACCACAGUCAAGGGAUGGCACUCGUCCAUGCCUGCCGUUUUGCCGAGCCAAAGAUGUGUAACGACUGCCAUAUAGCUCUGCGGGUUGCACAAGUCAGGAAGCCAAGCCGGUCUUUUUAGCCGGAUCUGUCACGUUCUUCACACCAACUGUUAGUCCAGUAGAGUGCCUUGUCAAGGCAGCUCAAUGACCAACUAUGCAGAUAACUUACACACAUGUCAAAGCAUGCCUAGUCUCUCAAUCUUUCACUUGUAACAAAUUUCACAUGGCAUCAUGAAACUCUGCCAAUAGAGGCCAUCCAGUAAGCAAUCAGGUCGGAUGCUCAGCUAGAACGAAGGUGUCGAAGCCAAGCUGCCAAAACAAAUCAAAGUGCAGAUCUUCAUCACAAUAGGGUUCCUGUACAACAUAACGCGCUAACAGGAGGCUCUAGAACUGGCCUCGUGUCUGUGAUCAUGUCAUCAAGUGGCGAAUGAGUUAACAUAGCGACCUCACAGUGCAAGGGUUACAAAGAGUGGUGGAUCCACAGGGGGGAGGGGGCAGUAGGAGCAAUUGCUCCCCCCCCUCCAAUCCUGUGUCAGUACCCCUCUUUCACUUCAGUCCUCGUAGUCCACCUCCUAUCAGCAAUGAGGACAAAUGAGUGAAACCACUGUGAGAACACCUCAAAUGUAAAAGCAAAAAAGUCCUGACCAUGGCUCCCUCUCCAGUGUUACCUUAUGCGAACCCCCCAUAACGAGUGGCUGGAUCCGCCCCUGGUUACAGAGUACCACUGCUGAAGAAAAUCAUCACCAUGCUGAACUAACUGCAGCCUAGACUCCAUCGUUAAAAUCUUAUGAUAGGGCAUGCUGUAUUGCAGCUAAUUAGUCAUGAAUGGGAAUUCUGAACCUGCUAUGUAGAGCAAAGCUUCUAAGCUCGCACCAUAGGCUACACAUGACCACACUUUGGUCAAUGUAGAGUGGGUGCAAACAUGAAAGAAAACUUGCCAGGUGGAACCCUACAGUUCUAUGUUAUCGAGCGUGAAAGUCAUUGAACCUUCUAGCAAGCAUUUAACCUUCUAGCAAACUGCACAACAGUCUCUAUGUUUGCAUUAGAAGUUGAUCUCUUUGUCAAUCACUUCAGUAUGCUGAAAGACACAGCACAGCACAAGCGUGCAGCAUUAGAAAGUUGUAUUAAUACAUAUGUCGCGUCUAUAAGAAUGCCAUGGUUCGCAUUGUGCACAUCAGCAGAAGCUCUAUGCUCAAGCUCUAUGGGAAACAUGUUUUUCAUAUAUAGGCUGCAUAUGCGUUACAGAUAUGGCCCCUGAACCUUCGCAAAGUAGUGACGUAUGUGGUUAUAUGCGCACCUCCUCUUUUUUUCCCCUCCUCCGACAUCUCCGAGGCCGGUUGCACGUCAGUAUUGGCCAGACGCUGUCACAUAGGACCGCUUGCAGUGUUAGUUUGCUUACAGUCACUCGCGACUACCAUCUUUCCUCUCCAGUCACGGACUCCCUGGGGUACAGCGCAUCUGUUUUGACGGAUGUGAACUUGUCCUUCUGUGCAUGUUGUGCUGUGAAAUACUUUUCCCCCUAGAAUAACGUCGCUGUGGGUGGCUGUUGCGCCUUCUGAUGCCAGAGCAAGUCUAGUGAUGGCCGAAGGCUGUUCAUGAUACUACCUGUUGAGCACAACGAGUUGCGACAAAAGACAUGGUAGCAUAGAAGGGAAAGUGAGAACUUCAGGUCAACAUUUUCGAAUCCACUUUGCGAAGUAUAGUUGCGAGUUUUUCACUUCGAGUAUGCUUUGAUGCUUCUUCUCAGCGCCCACGCCACAGACAAGAUGCAGUUUAUUGUGCAGUACGUUGCCACUUCUCAAUCAGAUUUCAUUAACACUCCUGCCAGGGCUGUUUUUUUGGUCAACAGUGACAUGCUGGCGUGUUUUGCUUGUUGAUAUGCGUCCACUGGUAUGAGUUCACGACACUGGUUUGUGCGCUUAUUAGCAUUUCACUGGAGAGAGAAUCGAAAAUGUUAUUGCAAAAGUCAAGAGAUUCCGUGCUGCUGUUCUGAAUAAACAUUACUGGAGUGCGAGAACUUAGGUUAAGAUUGGUACUCUCCAUUGGUUUUUGUUGCGUGCUUGUAUAUUUAGAGCAAACUGCUUUCUGCAGCUCUUUUCUAUCGACCAAUCAGCCGGAGGACUCGCGAUGCGAGGGAAGCUAUGCAAAGUGCGCAUGCCUUAGAGUCGCAUGAGUUCGUGCGUCCUUUAGGAACCUGACACAUACGUGCCAUUUCGCGUGAUGGUUUAUUUACCAUUUCGUGUGAAGGUUUAUAUCCACGACUGGAGCUUUCAUUAAGUAAUUCGCGUAUGGUAGUACGCUAGUUCAUUCAUAUUCUAGCUCAUUCUUUCUGUGAUAUAGUUCGUAUAUCAGUUACGUCCUAAGGCGCACUUGUGAAACAUGAUUUGCGCAACUAACGACUUCACGAAACAACCACAGCUUUUCAAAUGUAUUGGUUAUGAAUGAUGCACGCCUUCUGACGCAUUAUUAAGGUGAAAGCCUUAGACGCCUUACCAAACGCCAAAGUUGACCGUCGGCGACAUCGUUGUCCUGCGUCGAAAAGGUCAACGCGAGUUGUUGCUUCUACUGCAUGACAGUCAACGGUGAAUGCUCUCUGCACAGACAACUCUUAUGGGCCAAUGUUACAUUCGCUGGAUAAUUUUAGGAUGAGUUAUACCGCUGCCGUAAAUGCUCUCAGCGUGCUGAAUGUCAAGCAAGCGCUCUCUUCACGAAAGGGCGUCUGCUACACAGGAGCAAGGCAGGUGGCGCCACAUUUGAAAUGCGAGGGUGAAGGAGGAGAGUGUCACUAUUUUGCGAGGUUCUGGGGGCUUUAGUUACAGAUGCUAUGUAGGCAGUACUAAAGCUCGCCAUUUUUACUGCACCGUACUCUUAGCACAAGCAACCGGUCAGAUCGAGGCACAUCUUGAUUCUGUUCACGCUCGCAACAACCAUAGUCAAUGUUCAAUUGUGUCAGACUGAAGUUCCUUCAAAGACACAUCUUGCAGAAUUUUGACGGCACCAACGAAGCACGUCGACGCGUUUACCAAGCACACCAAACAUUCCGAAGAGCACUACCUCAACAGUAUGCAGACGCCGACAAGAGAUAUGAUGUCGUUUUUUGCGCUCCCUUGUCGAGGGAGUGAUUGUCGCAAGCUAAGCGCAUCACUGCCAAAAUGCCAUAAACCUCGCCUACCACUACUGUAUACCGUAGUAGUUAGUCGAAGGCAACCUAUAUUUUCAUCUUCUUGCACUGCCAUGACAACUCAACGUCAAUCAUAUGUGAGCGCCAACAUACUUAUCGCAAACGACAGUUUCUAUGGGGAUGCCAAUUACAGGGUACCGAUGUAUACACAGUAAAAAUCCAAGCAUUUUGCUAACUUUACUGCUACCGAGAGGGGUGAUGAGAGAGAAAGACGUACUGGCUUUUUUUUUUUGCACAUGAAAUUGCACAAAGUCUCAUUGAUUCUAAGCAGAAUGAGUUUUGCAUAUAAACAAGCCACUGAGCAUGAUAUUGCAAAACGUGGUAGAGUUGCCAUUGCGCUCCAAACAUUGGGAUAACUCUGCAGACGCAAAUUUCUGUGGUAGCCUUGCUUAGAAGAUGGAACCUCUCUUUGAAUAGUUGCUCAGUGAUUACAGCUGUUUAGAAAGGAGCAGCCAACCCAUAUCAUCUAUCUAUUCGGCUGUACUACAUCCAGGUUUACACCAAAAGUUUAUCGGUUAAGCACGAUACAAGGUAGACCGGGUUCGUCGUGUUGCACAGUAAUUUGUUUGUGGAUGUUUCAGGGCGAAUUUGAGCACGC